AUGAUCGCCGCGCAGGGCGGCAAGGCAGGUGUCAUCAUGCAGCUGCUCAACAACACCGCGAACAACACGGCGACGGUGGACCUCGCCCGGGAGGAUGGGUGUACAGCACUGAUGUUCGCUGCCAUGUCGGGGCAUGGGCCCAUCGUGGAGAUGCUGCUGAAGGCGGGUGCCAAUCCCGAUACGGUGGAUGCGAAUGGCGUCACCGCCAUCAAGAUUGCCAAGCAGAAUGGCUUCCCCGACGUGGUGCGGCGUUUGCGGAACGCCGGCGCCAGUGGCAUGCUAGGUGCUGGUCGGGCGGUGGACAUCAACGAGUUCUUGCUCCCACACUUCUUCGGCUUUUUCUUGGGAGAAGAGUGGCACGGGACCUGGCGGUGGAACCCGGAUGAUGGCCAGGUGAAGAUCACGCACGUGGUCAUCCGGCUUUAUGGCGCCCUGAUCUUUGGACAAGGAAUUCUCACCUGGGCCGCGCGAGAGACCGACGAUGGUCAAGUGCGCCGCUGGGUGGUCAGAGCCUAUGCGGUGGUGUUCAGCUUGACCACCGCAGCGCUACUGCGGGCGCAGAUGACGGACGCCACGUGGCAUGGCUUGAACUGGCUCAACAUCCUCCUUUUUGCCUCCCUGGCGGCCUUCUACUCCUGGUUCUCGAUUGUGCAGCCGCCGCCGGUCUUCGAGGGCCUGGGAAAAGUCGUGAGCUGA